AUGAAUCCAGAGAACUUCACAGGGGCCAGGGUUGCCCCUGCUGAUUUCAUCCUUCUAGGUAUCACCAACCGCUGGGACCUGCGGGUGACCCUCUUCCUCAUCUUCCUCCCAGUCUACGUGGUGAGCCUGCUGGGGAACGUGGGCAUGGUGCUUCUGAUCUGGGUGGAUGCCCGGCUCCACACACCCAUGUACUUCUUCCUGGCUAACCUCUCCUUGCUAGAUGCCUGCUAUUCAUCAGCCAUUGGCCCCAAGAUGCUGGUGGACCUGCUGCGGCCCUGUGCCACCAUUCCCUAUGCAGCCUGUGCCCUCCAGAUGUUUAUCUUCGCAGGGCUGGCAGAUGCAGAAUGUUGCUUAUUGGCAGCCAUGGCCUAUGACCGCUACGUGGCCAUCGGAAAUCCUCUGCUGUAUACAACAGUUAUGUCUCAGAGCCUGUGUCUGGCCUUACUGGGAGCUUCGGGCCUGGGUGGGGCCCUGAGUGCUUUUGUCCACACAAUUUUCACCUUCCGCCUGAGCUUCUGUCGCUCCCGGGAAGUCAACAGCUUCUUCUGUGACAUCCCUCCCCUGCUGGCCAUCUCCUGCGAUGACACCAGUCUCAAUGAACUCCUGCUCUUCGCCAUCUGUGGCUUCAUCCAGACAGCCACGGUGCUGGCCAUUGUGGUGUCUUACGGCUUCAUUGCUGGGGCUGUGGCAGGCAUGCGCUCGGCUGAGGGCCGUCGGAGGGCCGCCUCCACCUGCGGCUCACACCUCACGGCUGUGGCCAUGCUCUAUGGGACUCUUAUUUUCAUGUACCUUCGACCCAGCUCCAGUUAUGCCUUGGACAAUGACAAGAUGGCAUCGGUGUUCUAUACCCUUGUCAUUCCAGCCCUCAACCCACUCAUCUAUAGCCUCCGCAACAAGGAGGUGAAGGAGGCCGUCCGGAGGACCUGGAGUCGGUUCUGCUGUCCCGGGAAGGCCAUCUGCCAUCGGUCUCAAGAGGCUAGUUAG